AUGGCUGAGAGAAUCAAAAUUCUCGUACAAAAACGUACAUCUUUGAAGGCACAAAUCACGGGUCUAACGAAUGCCCUCGACAAAGGUAAAAUCGAUAAUAUCACUUUGAAGUUGCGUAUCGCUCACUUGACUGAUGUAUAUCAUGCUUACGAGGAGUUUCAUGACGAGCUUCUGGUAUUAGACCCAAGCGGUGACCACUUGACGGAAUUUACGAAUGUUCAAGAUCGGUACUAUACUCUCGCGAGCAGAAUCGAAAGUAUUUUGAACGUAGCAAACACGUCGGACAAUAAUUGCGACACGGCAAGCGUAGGAACUCGUAAUGACAACGCGUCUAGUGUUUCAGUAACAAAAAUUCGGCGUAUGAAAUUACCGGAAGCGCCGUUACCCACAUUUGAUGGAAAAUUUGAAGAAUGGCUCGCGUUUAAAAAUGCGUUUACCAACAUGAUAGGGAAUCAAACAGACUUAUCGGACGUAGAUAAGUUACAUUAUUUUAAGUCGGCAUUAAAGGGCGAGGCCGCGAAUAUAAUAAAGAUUUUUUCAGUAGACGCAAUAAGUUAUUCUAGCGCGUGGAACUUACUAGUACGUGCUUAUAAGGUAAAACGGAUUUUGAUCUCGCGACAUCUCUCGAUGAUAGUCAAUCUGCCCACACUAGAAAAAGAAAAUACGAGCGGUUUGAUGGCCGAUGACGUACAACAACAUGUCGCGUCGUUAGCCACCCUGGGUGUUACGGUCGGGCCCGAAAUGAUCGUGUAUCUCAUAGAGAGUAAACUGCCGAGAUCCGCGUUAGACAAAUGGGAAGCGACGUUACAAAGGGACGAAUUUCCUAAACCCGAGCAGCUAUACGAAUUCUUAUACAAAAUCGCCGUUUGUGCAUCGCGACGCGAAAAGGCAAAAAUAUCCGACACGGAAAGAUGCAAGGGCGAACCACCGGCUAAAAAAUUGCGAACCGGCUCAUCAAAUAAAGCUUUCGUGGCGAAGGUGUCGCGAAAUUGCAUAGCGUGUAAGGUUAAACGACAUCCGCUCUAUCUCUGCGAAAAAUUCAAGCAACUGCCUGUCUCCGAGCGUAUCGAGAAAAUCAAAAGCGCGAACCUUUGUUAUAAUUGCUUGCGAUCCCAUCGCGGGACGCCUUGCAAAUUUUCCAGUUGUACGAUAUGCCAGAAAUAG